AAGAGACACCCUUCGACCCACUUUCAGCCUAACGGAAGCCCGUCGCUUUGUUCUCCUAGGAUCUUCCGCGAAGACAGCAAUCUAGCUCUCGUUCUCUAUUGUCGACGAAUUUAUCCUGUCCACGAGGGCAAGCUACUUCUAUUCUAUCUCUUCCCGAGCGCUCGAAGUGGGCCACCAACUCGACGAAGGAAGGCGCGUCGGGUGGCGCGAUGUUCUUCUGCAAGGCAGAAUAUUCACCGGCCCUGCAUCGGCCUGGAUCAACAACCCCGGCCUCGACGCUCUGGAGGCUCAGUCGCGGCCUGCAUACCCCGCGUGUUCUUCCCCACCGACAUACGCCCUCGCGAGGAAGGUGUUUGCGCAUCAAGGUGAUGGACUGCUCGCUUGGCGCGUCGUGCUCACAGGUCUCAAUGCGCUUGCCACAGCUCGUGGCAUCACAGUUUAGCAGUGUUGCAUGUUGUAUUCACGCGGGAUGUCGAGUGGCGUAUGUCGAAGUCUUCCCAUUCUUUCCCAUUGGGUCUACGAGCUCGCCCGCGAAGUUCUCGUCUCUUCUGCCUCUUUACUUCGGCAAUUCGGACGUCUCUGUACGCUAUACAUGAUGUAGCGCCCGAUAUGGCGACCUCUUUGCGACACCUGCGGGCACAGAAACGCGACCAGCGUCACCGGUCAGAGCCUCCCAUUCAAUCACGGCCGCACGCGGCACGGCGAUAUUGAACCAUGAUGUUUCCAAAU